AACAUUAAGGAUUACUUUAAUUACUCGCAUUUAGCACUCUCACCAAAAUUCAAAUACAGAACAUCAGGGUUAACUUCACCAUUGCUUUCUUCUUGUUUUUGUUUUGCAAUACUAGUGCACAUCCUACACUUUUUCAAAAAUAACUAAAACCCAUCACACAAUUUAACUGUUUGCGGCACAUGAAGUGAGCCUGUAAACGAAAAUAAUUGUGUAUCUUUUUAAACAAUGCUGUUUCAAACAAUUGGGUUUUUUUUUUUUUUUUUUUAAUUGAUAAUAAAAUUAUCAGGACAAGUCAUUCAAAUAUAGGCCUACUUGCGGGGGGAAAAAUGUCUCUCCCCCCAUAACUAUAAGGCUAAUAUCGUCUAGCAUUCUUCUGCCCAGAAGAUGGUAUUCACCCAGUCCGAGAUACGAGCGAUGCGCUGCUGUGUAUGUUUAUUUCACAGCACCUUCCUGUGCACUCAAUCCAAGAUGGCUGCGGGAGAGGGUGGUGGUAGAGCUCCAUGUCUCGGUUUUUCCACUCCCGGGCCUUUGGGCAACGUUCAACCGAGCAACAGCGCUCAUUCCUCGGCUGCCAGUAACGACGGAUCAGCGGAUGGCACGGGAGGGGCACCGGGGGCAGCUGGACAUUCUAAUCCCCAGCCAGGCCCGGACGGCGGUGCAGGCGCCGGCGUUGCAGUAGGGACGCAGCCGAGCGCGCAGAACUCUUCCCCGCAGUCUGCAGCUGAGGGCGCCACGAACGCAGCCAGGGCUGCUGGAAGGAUGUCAACCGCUGCGACAAACAUGACAGCGACAACAACACCAAAUGCAUCCACAGCAGCAGCGGCGGCGGCCGGGACGCCCUCCUCGCUUCCUUCUGCCCCGGCAUCCGCUGCAGUAUUGGUUUACAGGGAACCUGUAUAUAACUGGCAAGCUACUAAAAGCACCGUCAAAGAGAGGUUCGCCUUUCUAUUCAAUAACGAGGUGCUCAGCGAUGUGCAUUUUUUAGUGGGGAAGGGGAUGGGAGUACAGCGGAUCCCCGCACACAGGUUUGUGCUGGCCGUAGGCAGUGCCGUAUUUGAUGCCAUGUUCAACGGGGGAAUGGCCACCACCUCUACGGAGAUUGAGCUGCCUGACGUGGAGCCCGCAGCCUUCCUCGCUCUCCUCAAGUUCCUGUAUUCCGACGAGGUGCAGAUCGGUCCGGAGACGGUGAUGACGACGUUGUACACGGCGAAGAAGUACGCAGUCCCGGCACUGGAGGCCCACUGCGUGGAAUUCCUCAAGAAGAACUUGCGUGCCGACAACGCUUUCAUGCUACUCACGCAGGCCCGGCUGUUUGACGAGCCGCAGCUGGCCAGCCUGUGCCUGGAGAGCAUUGAUAAGAACACUGCAGAUGCGCUCGCUGCCGAGGGCUUCACUGACGUCGACCUGGACACACUGGUGGCCGUGCUGGAGCGCGACACUCUGGGCGUUCGCGAGGUGCGGCUGUUCGGCGCGGCGGUGCGCUGGGCCGAGGCGGAGACCCAGAGGCAGCAGCUCCAGCCCACCCCCGAAAACAAGCGGCGGGUGCUGGGCAAGGCCCUGUCGCUCAUCCGCUUCCCGCUCAUGACCAUUGAGGAGUUUGCUGCAGGCAUGUCCUCGUCUCUGCAGCGCUGCUUGCUCAUCCCGGCGCAGUCUGGCAUCCUGACGGACCGGGAGGUGGUGAGCCUGUUCCUGCACUUCACGGUGAACCCCAAGCCGCGGGUGGAGUUCAUCGACCGGCCGCGCUGCUGCCUGCGGGGCAAGGAGUGCAGCAUCACGCGCUUCGGCCAGGUGGAGAGCCGCUGGGGCUACAGCGGGACCAGCGACCGCAUCCGUUUCUCGGUGAAUCAGAGGAUAUUCGUGGUGGGAUUUGGGCUCUAUGGGUCGAUACACGGCCCCACGGACUACCAGGUCAACAUCCAGAUCAUUCACACGGACAGCAACACGGUCCUGGGCCAGAACGACACGGGCUUCAGCUGUGACGGGUCGGCCAACACCUUCCGCGUGAUGUUCAAGGAGCCGGUGGAGAUCCUGCCGAACGUCAACUACACUGCCUGCGCUACGCUCAAGGGCCCAGACUCUCACUACGGCACUAAGGGAAUGCGCAAAGUCACCCAUGAGUCCCCGGCCACCGGCACCAAGACCUGCUUCACCUUCUGCUACGCCGCCGGCAACAACAACGGCACGUCCGUGGAGGACGGACAGCUUCCCGAGGUCAUCUUCUACACAUAGUGACCCCCCCCCCCCCCCCCUCCCCCGGCGUGUCCAGUCCUGUAGGGCCUCCUUUUACAGUACCUCUGGUCAUUAUAAUACAGUGACCCCCCCCCCCCCCCCCCCGGCGUGUCUAGUCCUGUAGGGCCUCCUUUUACAGUACCUCUGGUCAUUAUAAUACAGUGACCCCCCCCCCCCCCCGCCCCCCCCCCGGCGUGUCCAGUCCUGUAGGGCCUCCUUUUACAGUACCUCUGGUCAUUAUAAUACAGUGACCCCCCCCCCCCCCCCGGCGUGUCCAGUCCUGUAGGCCUCCUUUUACAGUACCUCUGGUCAUUAUAAUACAGUGACACCCCCCCUCCCCACCCGGCGUGUCUAGUCCUGUAGGGCCUCCUUUUACAGUACCUCUGGUCAUUAUAAUACAGUGACCCACCCCCACCCCCACCAACCCCGUUCAAACCAUUAACCCACAACCCCGACCCGCUUUCACUCCCAUCAGCCAACUGACUGGCUUAGGGAUUGGCAUCUACGCGUUGGCAUUUUGAGCCGCAGGGUCCUGUGGUCUUUUAAAAUGUAACGGAUAGCUGACUGAAGGGUGACAGAGAGGCCACCCUCUGCUCAGAACUCGUAAGGGGGUCAUGCUGACAGCGGGGGCUGGCUGACUUGCAAGGCUGCCUCUUACGAAUCGACGCGUGUCUGCGUCUGUCUGACAGGACCGUUUGUGGGGGGAGAGGGGGGUGAGCGGCGGGAGUUUGAGUGUAAGUGUGAAACAGUCAUUGGCUCCUCAGUCGGUCACACAGGUUGUCGGUUCGCUGGCCUCUCUGUCAGUCAUUGGUCACUUCCCCUGGUCCACAGCGUGAGCUGUUCUACUGAAGGAGAUUGGCCUGUCAGAUAAAACCUCAAUAAAAGAACCUCCUGAAGAUGUACACCUGUACCCCCCCCCCAUGUAAUGAUUUGGUCUUGGCUUAAAAAAGCAAACAAGCAAACAAAAAAAAAAAACAACAAUAAAUUUAACACAGCAUUUCCCCUUUUUUAAAUUCACGGAAUUUCUUUUUCCAUUUCACGUAGAAACGAGGGGAAACAUGCAUACUGUACAUUCCACUACAUGACACCUGUUAUUAAAAUCAAGCCCACGCCGUGGAGUAGGAAGGCAUGAGAUCCUGAGCAGAAUCGCUGCUUCUCAGUUGCUUCCUUACCUACUUUAACAGUUCCUCUUUGCCUAAGAAACCAGUUCUUAUGGUCCACUUCUUUUUUUAUUUUGUUCACUUUAUUGCCAAGUUGCUUAGUUAGCACUGAUGCACUUUUUUGGACACGACACAGACAAUCACCCACUGAGGGCAAUUGAGUUCUGACAUCACAUGCCAUGUGGUUUUUUUUUUUUCCCCCUUUCCUUUUAAUUUAUGGGCUCGACCCCUCCUGUGAAGAGGCGGUGGGGUUGCAGCCUUGGUGCCAGUCUACUGGCUAGCGUUAGCCUUUCAAUCUGACGAACACGGAGCCGACUGGCGAGUACUGUAAUAAAUUUUUGAGUUAGUCGUUUCGUGAUCAGCAUGUUCCUCGAGACGGAGUGAUGGUAGCCACUCGGUGCUCUUGCGUAUAACCUGGGCGAAUGUUCACAAGCUAGCCGAAAUCAUUUUACGCGUCAGUUCCUGCCUGCUCCACUAGGGGCAGUAUAUUAAAAAAAAAAAAAUUAAAUAUGGUUGUAUUUUAUUUAGCGAGUUAAUGCUUCACAUUAUAUUUUUCAUCGCAAGGCCAAGGCCUCCCUUGGAUAAAUAUGUAAACAGACACUACGGGGCGCUAGACGGACACACGCCUGUUGGAAAGGAGAAAGUCUUCAAUGUGAAUACUCACACGACACUGCACUAUAGGGAUCUCAAGAGAGGUGUGGGGGACAAAACAUGCAGAUAGUCCAGUUCAGGGGGCUGUGGAGGCCUUGCACCACGUCUCUUUCCAGUAGAAAUGUGGAGGAUCUGCUGAAUGCAAAAAUGCAAGAAAACUGUAUAUGAUCUGUUUCGUUCCUCCAGCAUGUUCUGCUGGGCGUCCAGCUGUAAAGGGCAACAUGCCUGAGAAGGAUGAGAGAAUUUUGAAAGCGGUCAUCGUCAGAAAAAGUUGAUCUUCUGGAGUCACAGUGGACAGUGACACACCUACGGGAGGAAAUGUGCAUUUUCGAGGGCAGAAAGAGCUGGAAUCAAAUACUGCGAGUCCAUAAAUUGAAUGUAAUACUAGUUCUGUGCUGCUCUGUGUUGCAAGUUCUGUGUUUUGCGAACGCUUUACACUGUGUGUGUGCUUAAAAAUAGAAAAAUCUGUAAAUAUUAAUUGCAAACAUUAAAAAAAGUCUUUAAAUGUA